UAAAUUUUGAUUUUCCAAACUUUCCAAAAUUUUAAUGUAUUACUUUAUUGAUAAUAAUUUUCCGUUCGCGAAAAGAUUUACGUAUUUAUAUUUAGAUCCAUAGGAAUAUAAUUGAGGAAGAAGCUAAAAAACCAAAAGUGGCAUUUUACUUUUAAACUAUUUUUAAGAUUUUAUGGAAAACAAGAGUUGUUCUUCGUGUUUUUGUGCAAUUACAAAUAAAAAUCGGUUAAUAAUAGAAAGCUGUGGGCAUACAAAAUGUAGAAGUUGUUUCAUUAACGAGGAAAGUUCUUGUAAACAAUGUAUAGUCAUAAAUUCUGAAAUAAAAGUUGUUGAAAAUAUUGUAAUAUCCCCCGAGUUAAGCCAGCCCGAGUCAAAAAGCAAAACUUUAAAGCAACAUAUUGUCAAUAUUGGGGAUCAGUAUAAAUGUACUAUAUGUGAUAAAAUAUUCCGUAGCAGACAGCAACAGUACUAUCAUCUACAUUGUGACAAACCAGAAGAAUCAAGACCAUUCAAAUGUGGUGAAUGUUUCAGAGGUUUUUCAAAAGCAGGUCACUUGAAAUAUCAUUUAAAGACACACUCUGUUGAAAAAUCUAUUUGCAGUCUAUGUAAAAAGGAGUUUUCUAAUAAAGCUACUCUCGAUAAACAUCUGAUGAGGCACAAAUAUCAGAAAAAAUAUGUAUGUCGAACUUGUCAAGCAGAAUAUAAGGAUGAAAAUUCUUUUAAAUUUCAUUUAAAUUCUCAUGAUGAUUCGUCUAUAAAUCGUUUUUCUUGUAAUAUAUGUAAUAAAAUAUUCUUUAUAAGGUCGCAACUAAAAAGGCAUACUGUAAUUCAUAAGAAAGAUCGCGCUAAAUUAUUUGAAUGUAACAUCUGUGACUCAAAAUUUUUUCGAGCUUCCUCAUUAAAGAAUCAUAUUGUGAAACACAAUUAUAUGAAUAAAUUUAAAUGUGAUACUUGUUGCAAACAAUUUACUGAAGAAAAAGCGUUAAGGAGGCAUAUGGCUUUGCAUGAUAGUGUAAUCGGGUACCAAUGUGGUAUAUGCGAUACAAAAUUAAAUCGCAAAGAUAACUUAAUAAGGCAUGUUAGAAAUAUGCAUCCUGAUUGCAAUAUAAAAAUAACUUCAGAUGCAAUUUUAAAAACAAAAUGCGUUAAAAACUUAGAAAAUUCUGCCAUUAAAACAAAGAAAAAAGAAAACAAAAUGGAAACUUCCACUGUUGCAAUAAAUGAAAAGGAGGGCAGUUUUAACUUAAAAUCGACAAACUCAUCAUUAAAUUGUGCAGAAAAUAUAGAAAUAGAAAAAAAAUAUAUACAGUGUUCAGUUAUAAAAUCCAUAGGAAACGCAAGACCAUUAGAUGUAGUUUUAUCACCAAGAAAUAUUGAUAAAAGCCACCAAAAAACUACUCUGCCCAUAAAUUCGAUAAAUAUUUCUGUAUUGGCUAAUAAAAAACUUAAAAAAAAAUAUGAUCCCACCGAAAUUUAUAGAAAAAUAUUAUUUGUAAAUAAUGAUGACAUGUCUACAUCGGGUAAAUGUAAUAUUACAAUACAACCGAAUGAUAAUAAUGUUAAACAAGAUUAUAAAAUGGAUACGAAAGAAACCAAUCCAAAUGAUGAUGCAACUUAUCCCAACUUCGUUGAAAAGCACUGGAGAAAAAAUUUUUAUAGUUGAUUUUUGCUCUUUGAUAUUAAAGUCAAAGUUUUAAUGAAAUUUGGGAACUGAAUUCGCAUUAUAUAUUAUUAAUUUUCUUCUUUCUAUCAUUAUGUACAUACAUAUGUACACAUUUUGCUACAAAAUAUAUAAAACAAUUUAAUAAAAAAUUAUAUUUUGUUUU